AUGACCGACCACGACUACCUCGUCAUGGAGCGGGAGCUCUAUGAAGAUAGCAUACGCGCGCUGGAGGUGCGGCUCGCCCAGCUGGAAGAUGGCACGCUACCAGAGUACGUCGAGCAGGUGCAGGCGUUUGCGGCCGAGAAGCAGUCGCGCCUCGACCUCGCACGGCUCCGGCGCGAUCUCCUCGAAAAGAACAACGCCGAGCUACUCGCGUUCGACCUGCAGCAGCUGGACGAAGUGUACGCCCAGGCCAUGGAGCGCGCGCUGCGCACGCCGCCGCCAUCGCACGUCGACCUGGCCACUUCUGCCAUCGACAACACGGCGCAGCCUCUGCCCAUGGGGAAGACUCUGUCAGAUAGAGAGCUCGCAGCGGCCUUGGAUCGUACGCUCGACGAGAAGCGCCGACUCUUCAACCUUGAGCACAUUGCCGCGGUCCAGCCCAGCACGUCCACGAUCGUCGCCCAGCUCCAAGCCACGCGCGAUGCUUGGCAGGCCGCGCACGUCGCAAUGGACGCAUCUUCGCGUACCGCCGAGUGCUUUUGGGAUGCGACGCACAAGACGUUGCACAUCUGCGCGCAGCCAUAUCGCGUUGGCGAUGCCAUCGUGCUCCACUCGGCGCUGGCCGACGUACGAGAUGCGACGAGAAUCAUCUCUACGAGUCUCAUGCCAUACGACUAG